AUUCAACAGACAUGCCUUCCGUUACCAACCAGUCCAUCUUGAUCGUGGGAGGCUCUUCCGGCAUUGGCUUCGCCGUCGCCAAGCUGUGUCUGGCCGAGAACGCGCAGGUGAUCAUUGCCUCAUCCAACCAGGACAGGGUCGACGAUGCUAUCAGACGACUCCAAGAAGCUGUCCCUGAAGCCAAAUACCAACCCACCGGAUACAGAGUCGACCUCUACGGCCAUGCGGCCGAGGCCAACCUGGAGCAGCUGUUGUCCGCAGUGACAGAGCAGGGCACCAAACCGCUGGACCACAUUGUGUACACGGCAGCCAGACCCAAUCUUCGCGCCUUGUCAGACUCGGACAUUGAAUACUUUACCGACUGUGCCAUGCUCACCAUGUUCAUGCCCCUUCUCAUCGGCAAGCUGGGUCCGCGGUUCCUUCGCCCCGGCUACACAUCGUCCAUCACCAUCUCCUCGGGCUCUGUGGCGGAAAGGCCCAUCCCGGGUUUCGUCCACUACUCGGGCUACGCUGCGGCUCAGCAAGCCAUUGCUCGAAGUCUUGCCCUAAACCUGGCCCCGCUGCGGGUGAACUGCGUCGCGCCUGGGGCUACGGAGACGGAGCUCUGGGGGGAGCGGCGCGAUGCCAUACGCGCCGAGUACACAAAGACUUCGCUGUUGGGGAAGGUUGGGCGCCCGGAAGAGGUGGCGGAGGCGUAUCUGUAUCUUAUCAAGAACACGGAUGCGACCGGUUCUGUUGUGAACAGCAACGGGGGGUCGAACUUGAAGUGAGUGGUCGGUUUGUUGCACAGCUACAGGGAGCAAGGGUUAGUUGAGAAGCCUUCAAAAGGCAUUUGAGACGAGAGGUCAACUCUAUCACG